AUGGCGGUCCGUCGAUCUACGCCGCAGGACGUCGUGCCACCGGAGUCCGUCGAGCUGUGCCGCAGGACGUCGCUGGCCGCGGCGGAGGAGUCGGAGGAUGACGGGUCGGAGAUGCAGGAGCCUCCAAGGAGGACGAGGAGGGUUUUGAAUGACAAUGCUCAGUCAUUAGUCGGAGUUUCAGUGUUGGUGCUUGCAUACAAGCAGGUCAUUCAGGGUGCUCGGCAACCUACAGCAAUCACCAAGGCUCAAAUGAAAGCCAUCAUGGCUCAGUCUGCACCAGAUGGGGAACAACCAAAGACUCUUGGAGAAGUCGUUGCUCAUGUUUUGCCAUAA